UAAUUUCAGAAGUGACUAUAUAGUCGGUGGAAUAUAAACAAGGAGAUGGAGCUAAAUUGUGUCUCUUAAAUAGGUCGCAGUAUCAUAUCUCCACGAUCACCUUCGCCGCAUAAUCACGAACUUUCUGGAGAUCGCUUGAUUCUUUUCAGUUUACAUCUAUUUUAACACAAGAAAUGAUUUUUAUACCCAGUACAAGAGAGUAGUUUAUGUGUCCUCAAGGUUCUCGGUCUAAUGCGAACCACUUUGUUCACAAGUUGCAGCAGAAUGACAUCAAAUUCGCAUGGAGAAAAGGGGCUGGUGCCAGUUCGCCGGGAGAGGAAUGGGCAAAAUGUCGCCAAGGUUAAAAAUGACUUGAUUCUCCCGUUUGCUGUGAUCGAAGCUAUGCUUGCUGCUGCCGUCUGCUAUCUCAACUACAUACUCAGAUAUGACCCAGAUAUCCGAGAGGACUGCACUAUGGUCAACUGGGAGGGAGUUCGCCUAAGUUGCGCCGAGGAUGGCCAUGUUCCCUGGCCUGUUUAUAACGAUACUGAUAGUACCAGCUCAAAGGCUGUUACUUUCAACCUUCCCGAAUGGGUUUUCUUUACAUGUGCCAUUGUCGUACCUUCUUGCCUGGUUAUUGUUGUGGAACUUAUUAAGGUGGCGUUCGCACCUAAGAAAAUCAAAGUCGUCACGACCGGGAAGUUGGCCUUAAGGCCUGUAUUCAGGAGAAUUCCAAGGUUCAUCGUUUCCCUGAUGAUGGGCGGGGCCGUGAUAGGGACUCUUGUGUCUGUUCUGAAGCUUUUGAUUAUAUCGCCAAGGCCACACUUCGCAGCAGUAUGUUCUGCUAAUGACACCAGAAUAGAAGAUUGCCGCAGUGGGGGUGCAUGGUACCCGAGCACUGCGUGCGAAGGGAACGUCAACGAUGUUCAAGAAGCUCUUAGAUCUUUCCCGUCGUAUCAUGCCACUCUGGCUGCAUAUUGUGGUAUAUGGACAGCAGUUUACCUGUCAACAGCAGCUCGCAUUGCAGGAGUUUACGGCGCUACUCUUGUUAUGGUGGGAGCUGUAUUUGUCAUGGCUUCUAUUGGCAUGACGCAUCACCUUUUCAUUGGCUUUUCCUCCAGCAACGACGUCAUUGUUGGUGGAAUUUUGGGAGCUGCUGCUGCAUUGUAUGUGACUUUGAUCAUCCUGAAUGGCUUCCGAGAGCGUGAGUUCGAAGUGAAAGUGAUUCGUGCGUCGUCGCCUUUGGAUAUCGAUCAUCCGAACAUUUUGCCGAUUGUCCCUCUUUAUGGCGCCGAUGGGGCAAUAGACUUAUCCAAUGAGCCGAGGGAGGUGCGCUUUGAGGAUGACCAGGUGGAUAGUGAAGACUUCGGUUUGGGAGAGAGUGACUCUUCCAACUACAUCGCCUUCAUACCUAGAGCUACUUCUCACACUACACAGAAGGGGCGAGGAGCUUCAUCCCUCCCAGCACAAGCAGUGAACGCGAACGUCGGAACGGCGUCUUCCAACAUCCCUACCCCACCACCUCUUCCUUCCUACGGACCUCCUCCGAGUUACUCCAGAACAGAAGUAGUUUCGUCAUACAACAUUCCAAGGCAAAGGUUUUCAGCUCCUGUGAGAUCACCUCAGGCGCCAUCGUACAACGACUCAAGAAAGGACAACGUUCUGAACGCCUAUUACAGCCGAGAUUCAGACGUUAUACCGAGAGCCCGGACUGAAACUGCAUCUUACUUCUGAGGCAAUUAAUUGUUCAGAGAGUUAUGGAAAUCUACCAGCACUGCUACUAUACAGAAUUCCAAGUCUCUUCGCGUAAAGAUGAUUGCAAACAUGAAUGCAUUCGGUGUUAAACAUUUUUGAAAUUUUGAUUAUUACAGCAUAUGCUGUUGAUGUCUACGGACGAAUUCGUUUCCAAAUAUGCCUCUGUGAAACAAAAACACUAUAAUGUGGAUAUCAGACAUUUCUUUAUUACUUGUUACAGAUACCUGUGUCACUAGCAACACUAUCUUGCGCUGACCCUGGCAUUCUUGCACCCUGUCCUUUACACAUUGUGAGUUUUUCCCUUCAUGCUUCGUUCGUUUUAUAUCAAGCCAGCCUUCUGCUGGCACAAUCUCUGGCUCUAGUGCAGCCCGUAAGUCUAAUGCUUCACUCCACAUCUUCUUCAAGGAACCUGAAGCGAUAGUUCUGCUUCUUUACUUCCAGGGGGCGUCCUCCCCCAGCAGCGAAAGCGUAACCUGUUCUUUUCGUUUCUUAGUGAUUUUCUUUUCACUACGUGUAUUUCUGCAGAAAGCGCAAUCUGUCUCUUUCUCGAUCUCUCUCAUAUCUAUAACAGAUCAUUAUCAAGGAAGUUUGUAUGUCUUACAUAUAGUAUGACUUCAGUAUUUGGUAAUAAAAUCUAAUGGUUUUAUGCAAGAGGAUGAAGAGAACGGUGAAAUAUUUUCAUUUAAAUUCACAUGUCCGCAUUUAACAUAAAAGCAUCUCUUCUGAAUGAUUCAUGAUGAUAUAGAUCCCUAUUUCCUGCACACUGUGAUGUCUCAGAUUGUAGGCAGUCCGAGUCUCACUUGAUUUGACAGUUCAGGAAGGCCGAUUGACUUGGAUUACUUGCCAAUCUUGACUGUGAUAGGAAUUUCAGAGGUUCACAGCUGUUUACCGCAAAGGAAAUAUAAUUUUCUAAGGACAUAUAUGAACAAAACUCUUUCUGCAGAGAAAUGGUAUCCACAGAGGCAAUUAUUGUAACAAAGAGCAGUGAAAUUGACUCAUAUCAGUUACGAAUGAUACCAUAAUCCAAAUAUUAUAUAUAACCUUAGUAUAAGUGUACAUGUAACGUCAUUCGACGUAAAUUGGAAUCGCCUUCAUGUUGCGAACUUGGAUAAUAAUUAUAUGCAAACAUCCAGAUAUCAAUAAAUUACUUGCAUGGGAUGCCAUGGAUGCUUCUUACCUUAUCGGUGGCUCAACCAUAUGUUCCACUCCUCCUUUAGAGAUGGCCACCUCGUAAGUGAAGCGUAAUUUGUUUCACUCUUUCCUCACUUUGAAAAUCACUUUUCUAUCGCUGUGAAAGCAAGAUUAUUAGUAUGAUAUAGCUUAUGAGGAAGAAUAACUACGUAGAAAUCUAUGGAAUAUUUAAUGGAUACAUGAAUUACAACAUGCAUGUGCUGUAUAUCCUGGAAUGUAGGAGUACUACUGAAAGCAAGUAACCAUACACAAUUUUUGUGUAUGCAGUGCAAACCCCUUCACGAGAACUUACAAGCUUGUUCGCCAACCAGUAAUCAACAGGAAAAUAGUGCACAUGCUCUAGAAAAUCAGUAUAAGGUUUGAAAUGUCUCACUGUCUAAAAAUGAUAUUCUCAUACUUUGCUUUGACUUCAUCUACCAGUGUUAUAUUUACACUUACAUUUAGGGAAGGUUGUUCUUAAAGGCCUGUGCACGUUGUAAGUUGGUUCGAAUUCAAUUUAUAGUUCUUGACUUCAUCCAUUUGGCGAUGAAUCAUUUGAUUUUUGUUUGAAUUUGUUCAACAUGUCUGAUUUUAACAUUAAAUUUUAUUUGAUUAUCUGUUAUCACCGACGCGCGCUCUCUCUCUCUCUCUCUCUCUCUUUGUGGUCUUGUACCUAAUAUUCACUCAUUUUUAUUUUUAUUUGAUAAUUGGCAAUCAUUACCAUUAUUCUGAUAAUAACAGUAAUAAAAAAAUGAAAAAGA